UCUCUCUCUCUUAUAUUGUAUCUUAUAUUAAACUACGUAUUCUCAACGUUUAAACCAUGAAUUAUGUAGUCUCUUAUUCUUGCAUCUGUUUAUCCCCUACUCGACUGAGCACAUUAUAUAUUCAACAUUGUUCCUUUCGGAUUGCUAUAAGUGAGAGUCUUUUUAGCUCCAAAAUACCCAGUUUCCCGGCUUGUUCAUCCGAGUUCUUUGUUACGUACUUAAGCAUAUAUUACAUUCAUACAUUUGAAAAUGCAUAGUGGCGCACACCUUUUGCACAACAUUAUUUUUUGAGUUUUCGAGCAAUCUGAUGAAAAAAUAUACAUUACUGUAUUGCAUAAAG